AUGAGUAGGAUCUUGGGCGCCACUAGAAAUAUAUGUUUGGUAGGUGGGGGCACUGACUCCCUAUGUUUAAGUUACUACUUACAAAAAAGGAAGGUUAAUAUAAAAUUAUUAGCAAUUAAAAAAAAAUGCAGGUUAAUAAAUACUCGUUAUUAUAAAUCGAAUAUAAUCGAAGGGGGUAUGUAUUACUCCUUUACUUUAAAUAAUAAAUUUGAUUUGUUUUUUUCACUCAUAAAGGAUUUAAAUAUGGAACCACAAAUUAUCGAAAGAAACAAGUAUUCCAACAAUAUUUCCUACUUAAGUGAAAAUGGGAAAUUUUAUAAAAUUAAUAAAUAUUUAUUUAGAAUAUUUUUCUUUAUUCUAAAAGACUAUUUUUUUCGUAGCUCUAUAAACGUAGAAAAGAAUGAACGAUUAAGCACAUUUCUUUUAAAAAAUGUCGACAAAAAAUUGUGUGAAAAUUUGAUAACCCCAUAUUUGUAUUACUACUUUGGCUAUUCUUCAGAACAUAUUUUAAUGAAUUCCUACUUCCCUGAUUUUGUGAAAUCUGUACAUAAAAAUAAAUCGAUUUUAAAAGCGAUUAUUUCUUCUAAUAAUAAUCACAAAAAUAAUAAACCUAGUAAAAAUUCAAAUGGUUCUUUAAAAAAUAAAAUAAUAUUUAGAUUUAAAGAUGGAAAUGUGUCCUUAACAAACAAACUUAGAGAGUACCUAGACCAAUGUGACAAUAUGCAAUGGAUUGAAAAUACAAGAAAUUUUAAAAUUGAACAAAAAGGGAAAAGAAUUAAGAUUAAUAUUGGACGGGAAUCAAUAAAAUGUAGCGAAAUAAUUUUUUGUCUUAAUCCUUUUGAAUUGAGAAAUUUAUUAAAAAAAAAAAAUAUAAAAAUUAAGAACAAAAAUAUUAUGAUAAAAUAUUUAUUCAGAUUUUCUUCAAAAAACCUUAUAAUAACAAAUGUUUGUUACAAAAAUAAUGUGCUCCCCUUUUCGCACACCUUGGAAUCGUUACUUUUAUUUAAAAAAAGUUCAGAAAACAAAUUAAUUUCGUUGUCAUAUGAUAAUAAUAUAUUUCCACAAUUCACACAAAAUCAAACAUGUAUAGAAAACUUACAUCAAAAAUUGGAAACCAGACUUCGCUUUACGGCUUCAGAACAAGAUAAUGAAAAAUUAAAACUUCAAAUUUUUUCAUUUCUUAAAAAUGUGUUAAAGAUUAAAGAAACCCCAGAUUUGGUCAUAAGCGAGCCACACAUUGUAUUCCAUUUUGAUGAAAUGGCCGAUAAAAAUUUCAAAAAAUUAAUUCGAAAAAAAAACAAUAAAAUAAAAAUAUUUUGGGAUUUUGCCUUUUUCAAGAAUAUGGAGUUUUGUUUAAGCAGAACAAAAAAAUUUUGUGACGAUUUGGAGAAAGAAAUAUAUAAAAACAGGACGUAA